AUGUCCGAAGAAGCAGCAACAGAAACAGUGCGCAAAAAUUCCGCAGAAGGAGGAGUUACAGAUGAACGGCGAGAUUCAAUUUCGAAUCUUCGCACGUUGUCUAUGUCUAUGGAUAGCAGUCAACAGAGAAAAAUGUCGACAACGGAUGUCGAUCUCGAAUCCGUUCUUCAGGUUCGACGACGCCGAUUGUCCGUCACUGCACCUCAAGCAUCGCAAGAUUCGCAUCGUUAUACCGAUGUUAUCAUUCUGAAAGUCGAAAAAUCCAAUGAUAUUCUUAAAGAGGAUGCACGCUGCAUCUUUCAUGGUGAUUAUCAUAUCUUAACCGAUAUUUUUCAAAAAUAUACAUCGCAUAUUAAAAUUCAUCAUGAAGACCCGGAAAUGAUUAGAAAUCAUGAUCGAUUAUCGGGAAAGAUCUAUACAACACUCGAGUUACCAACAAUGUCAUUAAUUGAAGUGUUAGAAAUUCUACAUAAACAUUACUUCUCAAUCGUGGCAACAUCAACCAAUUUCGGUGCAACAACCAAAUUGCAAGAAUUCAUCUUAUUACGUAAUAAAGAUACACACGAUACUUCGCGACCUUUACCAACUAUUGAUACCAAAGCUCAUUAA